UUUAAUUCAAUAAUUAAAAAAAAAAAAAGUAAAAAUCCUCUAAAUAAACUCGGUUUCACAGGGUCAGUUUCGUACCUCAUUCUAGACUCAUUGGUUCGUACUUCGUAAUACUCAAGAAUGUACAAGAUUCACCUUUUCAUUCAAAGCCUAUUUGUAGUUUUGACAUUUGAGCUUGUUUAUCUCUCUCAAUUCUCUCAUGCUGAUGUUGGCACAGCUGCACACUACAGAACCCCAUAUUUACCCACAGCCUGCUAUGGAAACGAUGCAACACAGUUUCCUUCGAGCAACCUGUUCGCGUCAGCCGGUGAGGGGAUAUGGGACAAUGGUGCUGCAUGUGGGAGGCAGUAUUUGGUUCGGUGCAUAAGCGCGGCUCACCCUAGAACUUGCAUUCCAGGACAGACAAUUCAAAUAAGGAUCGUUGAUCGUGCACUUAGUUCAGUUUCUAGGCCUUCCCGGCAUGGUGCUACCAUUGUUCUUUCUAAAACUGCAUUUAGGAUGAUUGCCAGACCUUCAACCUCAUACAUCAACAUAGAAUUCCAGCAGGUUUGAAGUGGAGAUGCAAUUGAGAUCCCAUCAUUGUUCUUCAAAGAAGUUGGAGGGGAAGAGAGUCAAUGUACUUGUUUGGUUUUAUUUUUUAUAAAAUCAGUUUGGCUAAUCAGCCUUAAUUUAUUUUAUUUUAUUUUUAUACAUCCAUUUAUAAAGUGUUAGUAUUUAUGUCAUUCUAGCCCACUGAGUUUGGGCCCAAUAUACUGUAUUUGUAGCAUAUUAUAUUACUUGUACUUCACGCAUAAUAUGUCUAUAUAAAACUUUUUAUUGUACGGUGUCAUACACAGAAUAUAUAUAUCAAUAUACAUAAUAUUUACUCUC